UGUGUCCUUAAGGGGUUAAACAACGUAUGUGGAUAUAACUCCAGCUUCAUCCAGAUUUUGACUGAGCCCGAUAAUAAUUCAGUCCAGAAUAGCUGUUUAUAGCAAGCCACCAUUUUAAUGGACACAGAAAAAUGAAUAGUAAAAAAAAAAUGGCAUUUGAAGUAAUGCGGUCCUAAAGUAUGAUUUAUUUUGUAGGGAUACGAGUGCCCAUCUCAAUAAACCACCCAUCUUUAUGAGAAGCUUUGGACUAGAUAUUUGUCAUCAAUGCUUCUUUUUGAGAAGCAUUUGAUUGGACAGUACCCAGCACUAACAUGGAACUGCUGGGCAAAAAGGCAGUGAAUCUUCAUUAGAUGCAGAGGACAGUUCUGCAGUUAAUAAAAGAUUCGUAACAUGGUGGCUGUGCUUGAAGUGAUCUCCAGUCUGGAGAGGUAUCCAAUUACCAAAGAGGCACUGGAGGAAACACGACUAGGAAAACUGAUCAAUGAUGUUCGGAAGAAGACCAGCAACGAGGAUCUUGCUAAGCGUGCAAAGAAGUUACUUCGGAGCUGGCAAAAGCUGAUAGAGCCUGUAGCCCAGAGUGAGCCAUCUGCUAGGGGCAAUGCUAAUCCUCCUGGUUCUGCUAAUGGAGGUGGCUCCCACAAUUGCAAAGCAGAGACUGCGCCAACAGCACUACUGAGUGGGAAGCCCAUCCAAGAGCUGAAAGCUAGGAAUGACAUCCUGAGAGCACAUUCGCCAAAAGCUGAAAAGCUUGCCAACCGAAAGAAGAAAGGGGAAACUAGAGAUGGUACCCAAGGGACUGCUUGUAAGGUUGCUAAGGCCAGCCAUGAGCUUUUGCAAAACUCCCUGUCCCCUCCAACCAAUGGAAUUGGGGGCAGCCCUGCUGAGAGUCUCCCUAGCCCAUUCGAUAUAGGCUUACAGACAAAUCGGAUUGACCCUGCUGAGAAUGACAAACAGGUCAAAAUCCCAGUGAAUGCCGUCCGGCCUCACACCAACUCCCCCGGACUUGUUAAACACCCAAGCACUUCUUCCUUGCUAAAAGCAGCAGUGCUUCAGCAGCACAGUGGGGGUUUGGAGGAUGCCUCUUCUCAUCAACCACGAAGUCCUCGCUGUGCCUCCUUCAGCCCUCGUGGCAAUAGGCCAGAACUUGUUGCACGGCAGCACACCACAUAUGCACCAAAGGGUUCUGUGCCCAGCCCCUCACAGAGGCUGCCGGGUGUAGACGCUGCACUUGCUCCCUCUUACCAAUCUCCUGCUCACCCAUCUACACCCCCUGCCAUAGCAAAAAGACUAGAGUCCCCUAGAAGGGACAUGAUGGCAGUUUCCUCCCCACACAGGUUGAUAGAGCAAUUAUCCUCAGCUGAUUGCCAGCACACACCCCGGACAUCACAACAGCACACACCCCAUGGGGCUCGUACUUGUCUGCCCAAUAUAGACACCCAAACACCGCGCACUGGUUUUUCGCCAGAGGCCUCCAAAAUGGACAGUGAUGAUGCUGCAUCUGGUUCUGACAGCCAGAAGAGGAAAAAAUCUCGGGGUCGGGGUGAGCAGGAGGGACUUUUGACAGAUGGGACUAGUAAACCAGCACGGGUAAAAAGGGAGCGUAUGCUAAAAUUCGACUUUAUGACUGGGCAAAUUAAACCUCUUACAAACAAAGACCCAUCUCAAGCAGAGAGUUCAGCCCCUUCAGAACAGCACAGAACUGAGACAGACAAGCAGGAUCCAAAACUAGGCCUGCCAAAUCCCUUUGAACAGACUAACUGGAAGGAAUUGUCUCGAAACGAGAUUAUCCAAUCCUAUCUCAACCGGCAGAGCAGCUUGUUGUCUUCCUCUGGUGUGCAAACGCAGAGUGCUCACUAUUACAUGUCUGAAUAUUUAAAACAGGAGGAAUGCACUAAGAGGGAAGCAAGAAAGACUCAUGUUUUAGUCCCACUUGUUCUUCCUAGUGACCUGCCUGGACGAACCAGGGAUGUCACUAGCGUUGACUUAGACAGAAUACACAACCAACAUUGGCCUGGUGUCAAUGGCUGUCAUGAUACAAAUGGCAACUGGUAUAAUUGGACGAAAGGCAUCUCCUUGGACCCUCAUGGUGAUGGUGGUAGAUUAAACAUCUUGCCUUAUGUCUGCCUAGACUGAGCUCCUGUCCCAAAUCUGCUUUGUCAUAUCUGCGGUUUUCACUGCAAAAUCAUGGGUCGCCGUACGACCACAGCUCAACACAGAAGAUUUAGAUGAGUAGUCUUCCCCCUUCCCUCUCCCCUCUGUUGCUGGGGAAGGGGGUUGGUGGGUGGUAAAUAGAGCCUGGAAAAGCAGAGAUGAGUUUUGCGGCUACUAAAUCUUGGGAAUGAAUGUCCCGUCAGUGCCCCCCUCCCCUCCAUGUUUGCUGCACCCAUUCUUUUGCGCAAUAUGCUGCUACCAGUUUAACACAAUAAAAGGAUGACAGAAAGGAGUAAAGAAAUGCAUUGGAAAGGUGUGCAAGGGGGUAAACUAGGAGUUUUCAAAACUCUUAUAGCAAAUGAGCUAUAAUAAAAACAAGAAAAAUAAAUAAAAAUAAAGUGUUAAGUCUGAACCAACCCUGAAAUUGCAAGAAAGUGAGUUUUUCCAGUAUCUGCAAAUAGACUGGAAUAAAAAAAAAUCUAUUCUAUAUAUAUAUAUAUGUAUGACAGGUACCUAAAAGCUUAUGUGAAAGAGGAUUUAAAUAAGUCAAAGAAGAGAAGUUACCAUAGCGAAGUAUACAUUUAUUUAUUUGAGUUAACUUUUCUUCCUUUUCAGAUUUUAUUAUUUCCAUUAAAAUUGAGUAAAGCGUCUGAAGAGCAGACUUGCAAAAACUUAAGUAUUCCUAGCAUCGUAACUGGUUCCUUAAUUGUGAAAUGGGAAAGUGAGUUUUCAAUUUGAUCUCCCCUCUCCCUUUUUUGUUUUUAUAUAUGUAUAUUUUUUUCUUUAUUUAAUUAGAUUUUGUUCAGUCUCCAAUAGUUAUCGGCAGGCCUGAACAUUCCAAAGCAAUCCACAUUUUAGGUUAAAAUAUCCAACUUCUCUCCAAGCAGUUGCAAAUGAAAGCACACGAGGCUAAGGUGUCAAUUUUAUUUUUGAAUUUAUGUAUAACCCCCACCCCCCCCCCCCCCCCCUUUUUUUUUUCAGUAAAAAUGAGAAUUCCCACAAUUUAUAUCCAACAGUCUGUGUUCGACCCCUCCCCCCUCCUUUUAUAAAACAUGCUUUGUUUUAUCCCAUAAUGAAUACACCUGACAUUCAUUCAAUUCCAUAGGUUAAAUAAAGUAGUAGACAGAUGGUGCUACCAGCUUCUAAAUUAUCCACUGAAUACAGAAAGGGCCUGGUUGGAUGCUGGGGGGAAAGCAAAAAAAAAAAACUUAAAAAUAAAACUACUUGCUACCAUUCCUUUUUAGAUGUAAUCUGCCUUAUGGGAUAUCCAUCAAACGCGAUUAAAUUUUUUUCUUUUUUGCAAAAAACAAA